AUGGGGGCUGAGGACGAGCAGGUGGAGAAGACGACACUAAUAUUCACCUAUGGAACCCUCAAGCAUGGUUUCUCCAACCACAGCCUCAUACAGGACAUGGUUGCCACCGGAGACGAACAAAGUUCAGAAAUCGUCAAAAGACUAAGCCUCAUACAGGACAUGGUUGCCACCGGAGACGUUUCAUACCUCGGCGUCUAUCGGACCCUUGAGAAGUUACCAUUGGUCUGUGGUCCCUACAGGGUGCCUUUCUUGCUCAACUUCCCUGGUUCAGGCGACCGAGUUUGGGGCGAGUUGUAUGCCGUGUCGACUCGGGCGCUGGUUCGCAUGGACGAGUUGGAAGGCACGAGCCGAGGCCAUUACGAGAGAUUGCCAAUCAAAGUUGAGUCCGGCGAGGGGGAGGCGGAGGCGGAGGCGUAUUACGCGCACAGGAGUUAUGCGGUGGAGAUGUGGAAGAGGAAUGGAGAGAAAGGGUACAGUAACUACUCCGAGAAAGAGGCCAAAGGAUACGUAAAGCGGAUGGAUAGACCUCAGCAUCUCAGUUUCUUGGAUCAGAUUCGAAUCUUCGUGUCGUCGUCGUCGUCGUCCGAUCCUCAUCCUCCGCCAGAUAAUUGA